UCUCUCUCUCCCGCAAACUCAAAUAAAAAAAUAAAAUAAAAUAAACAUAAUUUAUUAAUUUCGUAUCCUUCGUUUGUAAUUUCCCUGGCUCGUUUAUUUCUUUUCCUUUCUUGUCUCUUGAACUCGGUCGACAGACUCAACCCACCUUCUCUUCGGAUCGAACACUCUUCUCCCAACUCAGACACCGUUUAAAAGCACAAAACCCUCGUUUUACGUCGAGAAAGCCACUGGAUUCGGUGCCAAGAGACUUGGCUUUAUCUGUCGAUUGCGUUCGUGGGAGGUCAAAUUAGGGUUAUCUCUUGUUGUUAAUCUUAUCUUUUAAUUUGAUUUGAUUAUCGUUUAUUCGUUUUCUCCGAUUUUGCGUUUAGAUUUGUUGCAUACCUUAGCUUUUGAUUAGGUUAUUCCAAGGAAAAGAAGAAAAAAAAAAGAAAUUCGACUCAUUUUGAUUGAUUCUUUGUAUAGAUUUUUGGGUAGAGGGUUUCCUGUUGUUCGUUUUGUUUAGCUCAAGUAUAUUAGCUUCUUACACGAGAAACUCCGUGAAAAUUUUGGUGCGUUGUUUUAGUUUGCCAUCCAAAAUCGAGGGUUUUCUUGUUAGAUUUAGAUCUUCGAAAAUUUUGUUUUAAUCUUUUUGUUUUAUAAUUUCUCUUUCAAAUCUGUUUAGGUUUUUUUUUUUUGGUUGAUAUCCCUAAGCUAAAAGGAACAAAAAAAAAAAAAGAAGAGAAGAGACUUUUAGGGUUUGCAUACAGUGCUGUUCAUGUUGUAAAGAAGGAUUUGGGAAAGAGGUUGUAUACAAUACGAUGGCAUUGAAUUUUUCGCAUCGAUCAAUCUUUCCUUCACAUUUAAGUGAUGACAAUAUGGUGGCCCCAAUGAGGAUUGCAAAUGGGUAUCUUGUUGAGGGAAUUCCUGAGCGAAACGGAGAUGGGUUUAGGAAUUGGCAUUCGGAUUGCGAAAUGGAGGACUGUUUUCAUUAUGGAAGGGAUAGGGGUUGUAACAGAUGCGUCUCUCAGGACUCUGUAUCAAAGGACAUUCUUGACCUUCUGCCAUCAGAUCCAUUUGGCAUGGAUAUCAGUACCACUUUUACUGCAAUUACAGGUUGGCUUGAGGACUUGGAGGUGGAUUAUGGUGGCUAUGGGAUGGAUGAGGUGGGGACAAGUGAAGGGAAUUGUCAGUUGCUUGCGGAAUUGAAUUUUUUCUGGAAUAAUGCUAUGAGGUUUCAGGGUUUUCCUGGGAACACUGGGUUUGAGCAUAAUUUGCAUGUAGUGAGUGGAUCUUCUGGGUGUUUUUUGGGGAAGGACGUAGUAGGGGAGACAUCUGGUCAUGGUGGUCUUGAAUCAUCUUGUGAUAUGGAUGAGAUUUUGAGUUAUGGUAAUGAAAAUGUGGGUUAUGGUGAUCAGCGAUAUAAAGGAUUGCAAGAGGGUUAUGGUGAUCAGCGAUAUAAAGGAUUGCAAGAGGGUUAUGGGAUCGAUCAUGAUAAAGAGGGAGGGGCUCCACAUCCUGCUUUGUAUUUUGCCCUUGGUUAUCUGGGUCCACGGGAUCUCCUUCUAGUUGAAAGGGUUUGUAGGUCUCUGUGUUCUACUGUUAGAAGUGACCCUCUCUUGUGGAGAAGUAUUCACAUAGAUCAGCCAUUGAAUGAAAAGAUUACUGAUGAUGUUCUUUUGCAAUUAACCAAUAGGGCUCAAGGUAACUUGCAAUGCUUAAGCCUGGUGGAGUGUUUAAGGAUUACUGAUGAUGGUCUGAAACGUGUGCUUGAAAAUAAUCCAAGGCUAACCAAGCUGAGUGUUCCUGGAUGUACUAGACUCAGUAUCGAGGGCAUCAUUAACUGCUUAAAAGCUUUCAAGUCUAUGAGCACAACAGGCGUGAAGCAUCUUAGAAUUGGUGGGCUCUAUGGUGUGACUCCAACACAUUUUGAAGAGUUGAAGCUUUUAUUGGGCACUGAUUGUUCCAUGCAACCAAGUGCUCGCAAGCCACAUUUCUAUCACAGAGGAAAAUUUUAUCUAUCCUUUGAGGAUGAACGUGCCAUCGAUAUUGAAAUGUGCCCUAGAUGCCAGAACCUGAGGCUAGUAUAUGAUUGCCCUGCAGAGGGAUGUCAGGGGGGAAAAAACAUCACUCAGCUAUGCAGGGCGUGCACACUCUGCAUAGCACGCUGUGCUCAAUGUGGUCGAUGCAUUAAUGACAGUGAAUAUGAGGAGACAUUUUGUUUGGAGUUACUUUGUUCAGAAUGUGGGAAGCAGCUCUUGAUGAGUCAAGAGAGGCAGGUUAGAAGGAUUGAACUGAAUAAAACUCCUGAUUCUGAUGAACCUUGUUCUAGCGUCUGUCAUCAUGGCUAGGGACUAACAGCAAUUUGUGUCUUCUGGUUUCACUUAUGGUCGAGAAAUUGAAUGAUUGGUUACCUAGUGAGGCAACCAACAUAUAUUUCUUAUUCUGUCUGGUUAUUGCCUUCUUUGUCUGCAAGUCAAGUCAGGUUCAGCUUAUUGGUGGACAUGAACUUCAGGACUGCAUUUGGGUAAGCUGCUUUCAGUUAUCAUUCUGUGGAAAGAAGGGAAAACAGAAAUAGAAGAAAUAAAAGAUGAAGAAAUACUUGAGAAUGUUAGUAAGGAGUUUUAAAUUUUUUAUUAAUAUGUUAAGGAUAAAAGGGAUCUGGCUGCUGGGUUGUACCUAAUAUUUGUAACUCAUGAUAAUAUGAAGUCAAAGGUUUUGAUUGAUUGAUGCUCAGGACAAAGGGGAUUGCAUGUGUGGAUGGUUUCCUAACAAUUGUUACUAGCGGUUAAUAAAGUCCACUGUAGAAUAUGCUGGUUUGCUCAUGGAUUGGAACUGACAUAUGAGUUGACUAUGAAGUGGGAGGUGAUCUUGUCGAUAUGUCCAUGCGACUUGUCUGUUGUACUGUGAUGUCUCUUCCAUUCUGCUUGUAUUUUGUCAUGUGCCUAGCUGAGGCAAGCGUUCAUCUAAUUGCUACCUGUGCAGCGCUGAAAAAUCUGUAGUGAGUUAUCUUGUUGCCAUUCGGUAACUUGUGAUGCAGGCUGCUCUUUAUGCACUAUUGUUUGGGUGCGUGCUUGCUGCUUUAAUUGUAGCACAACAUAUUUCUACCGUCCCUGGUGAUCUGUAUUUCUUGAACAGUGUAGGUUUGUUUUUGUUCCUUCCAUUGUGGAAGAUAUGCCAGAUUCAUUUAUGGA